GACUAAUGGUAGAGCUCUGGAGAAGACUGAUAUUUAAAUUGUUGAGAGAGGAAAAAGAUUCUUCCUUUCCCUCUGGCCACAGCCAUAAGGUAAGCCAAGAUGGGCACUUACAAGUACAUACAGGAGCUAUGGGGGAAGAAGCAGUCUGAUGUGAUGCGCUUCCUUCUCAGGGUGUGCUGCUGGCAAUACCACCAGCUCUCUGCGCUCCACAGAACCCCCCGCCCCACCAGGCCUGAUAAAGCACCCAGGCUGGGAUACAAGGCCAAGCAAGGUUAUGUCACAUAUUGGAUUCAUGUGCACUAUGGUGGCCACAAAUGCCCUGUUCCUAAGUGUGCAACCUAUGGCAAACCUGUCCAUCAUGGUGUUAACCAGCCAAAGUUUUCCCAAAGCCUUCAGUCUGUUGCUGAGGAGCAAUCUGGGUGCCUCUGUGAGGCUCUGAGAGUCCUGAAUUCUUAUUGGGUUGGUGAAGAUUCCAUGUACAAAUUCUUUGAGGCUAUCCUCAUUGAUCUAUUCCAUAAGGCUAUCAGAAGGAAUCCUGACACCCAGUGGAUCACCAGACCGGUCCACAAGCACAGGGAGAUGCAAGGGCUGACAUUAGCAGGCCACAAGAGCCGUGGCCUUGGAAAGGGCAACAGGUUCCACCACACUGUUGGUGGUUCUCACCAUGCAGCUUGGAGAAGGCGCAGUACUCUCUAGUUCCAACA